AUGCCUCCUGCAUCCAUUCCGCCCAGCAGCUCUCCUAUCCGGAGUAGUUCUCCCACUCCAAUUUCCUCAAACACUGCUGUCGACAACUGUCCUCAAGUUGACGAGGGUAUUCCAAUUGUACCCACAAAGAGUCUUGGUGACAGCGGUCGCCACAAGCGUCCCUUUGACUCGGGGUACACUCUGUAUCGAAGCGGCGGCCGUGAGGAAGAUUCCGAUCUACCAAAAAAGAAGGCAAAGACCCUGCAAACGACUUGGAACUACACUGCUGGGCCUUCAUCUGAAGCUACCAUCUAUCUCAACCAGCGAAUGCUUGAGCUCUCCCGCAUAACUCGCCGGGCUAUCACUGCGAGAAUGCGAUACCAACGUCUUCGCUCUCGCGAGCUCGAUCUGAUAAGAUCUAUCCUCGUCGACGAGACAGAGGUAUCCCAAACACAACUUAAAGGGAUUGACUUGCAAAUAGGUUCUAUCCGAAACCUACUUCAAGAUGCAGGAAUAUCGGAGAUAGGGAACAAAGGCUGUAGGUUUGAUCCUGGCGAAAGUGGCCCUUGGUGCGAAAGUUCCUCCGAUAAUGAUUCUGAUAGACCGGCUGCUAUGACCCCUGGAUCUCAUUGCAGCUCACUUUAUUUAAAAAUCGCCUUACACAGUCACUUCCUAUUGAAUAAUAGAGUCGAGAGAAAUUUCCACCAGACGAACUUUAUUGGAGAUGACUCAGAGAUCCAAGAGAUCAUCAUAUAUCGAGUCGCGCUGAUCAGCGAGCUCACUAUAUCGUGGUGGCGAGUCUCAUUCAAGACGACCGUGCAUUCUUACAUCAUGGUUUACAGCUACUCAUAUAUAAUCAUCAUCAUCUCUCUCUCUUCCUCAGAGUUCAAGCUCACCCAUGCAGACCCUGCAAGCUGCACCGCAAGACGUGCAAGCACUCGCCCCGCCGGCGUAGCACUUCGCAUCCACCCAUAUACGCGCAGUGACAGCGCCCACGGCGCAAGCAGCUCGAGGUACUCUGGGUCCAUGCCUGUGUCGUUGGCAUCUACCAGUUUUGCAUCCCCAGAAGACGAUGAAAGGGGUUCAGCUGAGGCUGGCAGUCGCAAUGUCGUGAAACGGCUGCUGAAGGACUUCAGCUCGACGGAACAACUCACAAUUGCGUGGGCGAAGAGGCAGGCGAUCCUAAACUCCGUGACAAUCAAGGGAUGGCUUCGCAAUAUAACGGAGCAGGAAAAGAGGAAUUCCUCGAUAUAUGCUGGAGAAAUUAUCGCUCAAGCCAACGCUCUCACGCGUAAUCGUCAUCGACUCGCCCAAACAUCCGAGACGUUGGCACAUUAUUUCCACCUUGAAUUAUUAGACCCCACAGCUUCCACUGUGCAGCGGCAAAAUCACAUAGAAAGCCGUCGAGAUAUCAUACUGGACCCAACGCGGCUCUUCACGUAUUACCUACACGGCUGUGAAAUCACCGACACCUCGGUCUUCGUUGUUCUCUUUGGAAACCCCGGGGUGGCAGAGACGCAUCUAGACCACUGGUACCGUUCUAAACAUACGCCGCUCCUAGACGAAGACAUGCGGAACCAGUUACAGACCACCCCCACUCGGAUGUUAGCGCUGUCAGCGACCGCAGUUGUUUUAGCAGUCCUACGUACCGCAAGCGGCAAAACCACGAGUUCGCGUACACCAAUACACUUCGACACUGAUACCCAUGCCGCCUAUCAGGACGCUGUCCAUGAAGCGUUGGUGCUGGCACUGGCGUCUGACAUCCAUGGGCCGGCAUUGGCGGCACGUUUGCUAGAUCUCCACCAACGAGGCCUAAGAAUUCGCCGUGGUGUAUUAGGUCAGGGUGCUGCUGUGCCAGUGGCAGCCAAUCCCUUUACCGCAACGGACUUGGAAAUAGUCCUUCAGGCGGUACAGCAUGCGCAAUCCACCGGCUUGCUGUCAACGCAAGGGCUUGAUAACCAGCCACGGACAGGAGGCCACUACUCCACACCCAUUUUCAUCCCUGAAUCCCUCAAUGAGCUAACCCUUCCACGGGCUGAUAUUGCCCCACCUUCUACUCUGCACCAGGCAUUGAUGGGAAUACAGCCGUCUACAGCACCUAUUACUAUAGAUCCCAGACUACUCUCGGCGCAAGUCUUGCAUGAUUUUGGUGACGACUUCUUAGAAUUCUCCGAAGGGCACGUGGCGGAUAUGCCCGAAAAUGAAAAUGCAGGGUUCUUCCUCAACAACACUUAG